UUCUCUCUCUCUCUCUCUCUCUCUCUCUGCUUUUCUGCUUGGACACCCUUCUUUUUCUUUAACCCUUUUUUUUUUUUUUUUCCUCUCUUGCUCAUUUGAGUGACAUACAAGAGCUGCAUAAUCAAAAUUACAUGUCCUUUCGCACAAGUCUACUUUUUUCAACCUUUGCUUGCUUGGAUGUUGUAGUACAAAACACUUGGUUAAAGAGUUCCCCACAAGAACAUUUCUUGGGGUUUCUUUUCUGAGCUGGUUCUGCAACUUCUCUCAGAUUCAUUUUUUCCAUUUUCUUUCUCUAACCCACCUAGAUAUAGUAUGGAGAAGGAGAACUUGACACCACCCAGUUGGGCUACUGGCAAUUUUGGCAUGGGAAUCCAGCCCAACGAGCUGAAUUGUGCUCCUGACAACCUUCACAACUACUAUUUCAAUCCCAAUUGGGAUAAUUCAAUGGAUCAGAGCGAUCCCUUUGAGUCUGCCUUGAGCUCCAUUGUGUCUUCCCCUGCAGCUUCCAAUGCCGCUGCCAUUCCCGGUGGCGGUGGCGGCGAUGGCCUAAUGAUCAGGGAACUGAUUGGAAGACUAGGAAGCAUAUGCAACUCCGGCGAGAUUUCGCCGCAGGCUUACAUUGCUGGCAACAACAACAACAACAACAAUAGUACUAACACGUCUUGUUACAGUACCCCUUUGAAUUCCCCUCCCAAGCUCAAUCUCUCAAUGAUGGACUCACAGAUCCGAGGGAAUCUGCCGUUCAACGGCAGCCAUUUACCAUCUCAUUCAAGCCUGGCACCCUUUUCAGCAGACCCUGGAUUCGCUGAAAGGGCUGCAAAAUUUUCAUGCUUUGGGAAUACAAGUUGUAUCGGGUUGAAUGAAACUGAAUUGCGUUACAGAUUGAUGGCUGGAAUGGAAUCCGGCAAGAUGUCGAACGCUUCGAGCAACCAGUCAUUUAAGGCUGCUGGAUCUCAGAUACCCGUUCAUGAAAACAACAAGAGCUCGCCGCAGGAAGGAAAUUUGGCCGCCGAUAGGAAAUUCAGUAGGUUAUCAAGGCCUUCGACGCCUGAAAAUGGAGAAUUGGGCGAUUCCAGGGAAGGAUCUUCGGUGUCUGAACAGAUCCCGGUUGGGGAAGUAAGCACCAAAGUUGACAGCGAAGCCAAUGCGAGGAAAAGGAAAUCCAUUUCAAGAGGAAAGGCGAAAGAAUCAACCCCUUCCACUCCCUCAGCUAAAGAUGCCAAGGCUGCUUCGGAGAAUGACGAAUCGAGUGCGAAGAGAAGCAAACAAGAUGAAGAAGGUGGACAUGAAAAGGAUGGCGCAAAGGCAAAGACAAAGGCAGAGCCAAAAGCUGCAGGGGAGGGGAAUCAGAAACAAAAUAAGGAUAAUUCAAAGGCUCCGGAGCCACCAAAGGACUACAUUCAUGUCAGAGCCAGGAGGGGCCAAGCUACGGAUAGCCAUAGUCUUGCCGAAAGAGUUAGGAGAGAGAAAAUCAGUGAAAGGAUGAAGUUCCUUCAGGAUCUUGUUCCCGGUUGCAAUAAGGUCACCGGCAAGGCAAUUAUGCUGGAUGAGAUUAUAAAUUAUGUGCAGUCGUUGCAACGUCAGGUUGAGUUUCUUUCAAUGAAAUUGGCGACCGUGAAUCCGAGGAUGGAUUUCAACAACGAUGCUCAUUUGUCCAAGGAUAUAUUUCAAUCUCGUGGAGCUUUGCCACACAGCCUUUACCCAUUGGAUUCAGUGAUGGCGGCUUUCCCAUAUGGAUUCCAGCCCCAGCAAAUGCCGGCCUUGCAUAGCGCCGCCAUUGCCGGUGGGGCAGAGAACCAAUUCCAAGUAAACUCUUUGAACGCUGCUCUGCGGCGAAAUUCCACCGACGGAUUCGGUGAAGCCACCCCCCCACAGGUUCCAGGACUCUGGGAGGAUGAUCUCCAAAGUGUAGUUCAGAUGGGGUUUGGGCAGAAUCAGCAGCAGAGCUUCCAUGCAGGCUCCCAGAUGAAAGUUGAGCUGUAAUUAGCAAAUUGAUGGGAGAGCUUUGAAUUGAAUUCAGCAAGAGAAAGAAAGAGAGAGAUGCAUGCCUCUGUACAUAAAAGCUCCCAGCUUGAGUGCAUCCUUAUGAAGCUUGUUUUGUUUUUUAAUUAAUUUAGUCUCUGGGAAACCCAUUCUUUCAAGAAUUCCACAUUGUAAUUUGCUAGAACUAAUUGCAGCCCCCCAGUGGUGCAGAAAUUCAGUAGAAGACCACAUACAAGAGUUGUAGUAGAAGGUUGAAAAAUUAAUGAGGGAGGGAGGAGGUUUUUCAUGUCACCAUUGACAUUGAGAGAAAUACAACUGUCAUUGAUUCAUUUAGACCCUCAACAAUAACAGUGUUUGACUAUUUUCUGCUGUUUA